GGGGUGGGACACUCGGGCUUGGACUCGGCAAAUGUAAACUUGUGGCGAUCAUCAUGGCGGGUGUGAGGAAAGCCGGCUGCCUGAAUGCUGCCCUGUGCUUCUUUGUAACCCUGGGAAACCUGGUGCACCUCAGCCUCGGGCGAAGCGGCCAGACUCUGGAUGCUACUGGAGUGUUCUACACAUUUAGCCCGAGGUUAUCUUCAGAUAUCUUGGUAGAUGUCAAAACGAAUAAUCACCGAUGGAAGCGACAGCAACCACCCAAAUCGGUGGAUACAAACAGAGCUAGUCCGGAGCAGGACUUUGCAGAUCCUACUAAAAUCUUUGACAUUCAACCUGCUGAGGACAAUAGCAAUGAUACAAAAAUUGAGGAAAACACAGAUCACAACUACUAUACAUCAAGAAUGUUUGGGCCAUCUGAUCCAGAAACCAGGGAACUAUGGGUUAACAUGGAUCAAAUGGAAAAAGAUAAAGUGAAGAUUCACGGGAUUCUAUCUAACACCCACCGGCAAGCUGCUAGGGUAAAUUUGUCCUUCCACUUCCCAUUUUAUGGCCAUUUCCUGACAGAGGUUACCGUGGCGACUGGCGGUUUUAUCUAUACGGGGGAAGUAGUGCACCGUAUGUUAACAGCUACUCAGUACAUCGCACCACUGAUGGCUAAUUUUGACCCAAGUGUGUCUCGGAAUUCAACUGUCCGAUACUUUGACAAUGGUACUGCUCUGGUUGUACAGUGGGAUAAUGUGCGCCUACAGGAUAACUAUGAUUUAGGAAGCUUCACCUUCCAGGCCACCCUGCACAGUGAUGGACGGAUCGUCUUUGCUUACAAAGAGAUUCCUGUUCCCGUGACAGAGAUAAACUCAGCCAAUCACCCAGUCAAAGUGGGGCUGUCAGAUGCAUUUGUAGUCGUCCACAAGAUCCAACAGAUUCCCAAUGUUCGCAGGAGAACAAUUUACGAAUACCACCGAGUUGAAUUACAGGUGGCAAAAGUCACCAACAUGUCGGCUGUUGAAAUCAUCCCUCUCGCCACUUGUCUCCAGUACAAAAGCUGCUCUUCCUGUAUCAAUGCACUGAUUGGCUUCAACUGCACAUGGUGUGACAAGCUCCAGAGAUGUUCCAGUGGUUUUGAUCGUCAUCGGCAGGAUUGGGUUGAUAACAGCUGUCCCGAUGAGUCUAAAGAUAAGAUAUGUGACAUCAAGCCUGGCGAAGUGACUCAAGCUGCUUCAUCUACAAUGGGUGUUACAACAACAGCUACAAAACCUAGAAUCUCAAGCACUACAUCCACAACCAUUUUCACAUUUGCUGUUCCUACUUCCAGCUUAACCACUGAAGAUGAUACAAAGAUUGCAAUGCACCUGAGGGACAGUGGAGCUUCCCCAGCUGACAGCACUGCAGAGAAGAAAGGUGACUCAGUCCACACUGGCCUGAUCGUGGGGAUACUCCUGGUCAUCAUCAUUGUUGUAGCAGGAGUACUCGUGACGUUUUACAUGUACCAUCACCCAACAUCAGCAGCAAGUCUCUUCUUCCUUGAGCGCCGCCCCAGUAGAUGGCCUGCAAUGAAGUUCAGGCGUGGCUCUGGUCAUCCUGCCUAUGCCGAAGUGGAGCCAGUUGGGCAGGAAAAGGAAGGCUUUAUUGUGUCUGAACAGUGCUGAAACUGAGCGAUAGAAGUAGUGCACCAGGUGUGGGAUUUAUGCUUUGAAGUGAAUAAAGAAGCAAGCUCAAACGCACUGUCCAUGAAAUACCCACUUCUGGAUCAGCUCAAAAUAAGAAAGAUACACAUUUUCAUCUACGAGAUCAGCACUCCAUAAUCUUCCUUAGUAGCCCUGCAGAGUUCAUCAAUGUUUCAAAAAGAAUUGACCAUCCCUUUUGGAUAAUCGUUGUGGAAUUGAAUGAACAUUAGUGACGCAUACAAGCGACAAAAGUGAAAAACCAGGUUCAUUCAUCUUUACUGGUUUAAGUCAACCUCAACAAGUAAGAGUGGAAAAGAAAAUACAUCAAUUUUCCAUGUUUCCAUGGUUAAAAAUGCAGGAAAAUUGCUUACAGCAUGCUUUUAGCUGAUCAUCAAUCAGAUAAUGCAAUGAAUAGAUUCACUCUCUCCAACAUUUAUUUUGAUUCUUUAAAAGUGUAUACGUUAAAAACUCACUGACGUCAGUUGGGGGAAAUGUAGUUAAUGUGUACAUUUUCUUAAUGAGAAUAUUUUCUAAUCCAUCUGAUGUUUUGAGUGUAUAUAAAUCAUUAUGGAUGGAUUUCUUUACUGUAGAUGAGCUAUAAUAUGAUGAAAUGUCAUUUUCAAUUGUCAAGAUUCAGUUGCAUAAGGCUUGGAGGCAACUGAAGACAAAUUGGUAUGUCCUUUUAAAAAUCAAAAGUUUGCAAAUGUUCAAAUCUAACUUUUUUGAUAAAUUUCACUUGUUUCUCUAAGUGACGUCUGACAGUCCUGAUGUAAAUCUUUUAAGUUAAUAAGAAAAUCUCCAAAUUAUUGUGCACAAGAUUCCAUUGGUUUCAAAUUACUGAGGGAUUAAUGCCAUUUGUGUUGCAAAUUGUGCAAUUUGUUAUCUUUUGGCUUGAAAGGUAGUGAGAUUACAAAGGCUUAAAUAUUCCCCUACUAGAAACCAAAUUUUGGGAGUAUUUGCAGAUUCGAUUAGAUCUGUUGUGUAGUGGACACAUUGGUUAAAUAGAUGAAUAUAUUUUGUUUCUUGAUAGCUUACACAAGACAGGUUCUUGUGUCUCCAGAUUGUGAUGAAAUGUUAUAGUGUAUUUUUACCAUCCAGAAGAGGCAUGUAACAUGUAUUAUCACAGACAUAAAAUGGGUUGUAAAGUAGUAAUUAAGACUGAGUACUGUUUAACAAUAGGAAGUAACUUAAUGGAGAGCAAAGAACACGCACUUUUAACUGUCUUCACUGAAAUUAAUUGUUUUCUUUUGAGCUUUCUUCGUGCUGUGAAACCAGGCUGUUUGUGAAUUCAGGUAAGUAUUAUUCUUCAAUAAAAUCCUGUGAAAUAAAUCUUCCAGUCUUAGACGUAAAGGCACUUGCUAUUAUUAUUAAGUAUUGAAAAUGGCAGAUUCAGGUCUAAUUACAGAUUAUUGACUUCUUUCCAUUUGCCAACAAUGCAAUCAAUGAGCACUGCAGAUUAGUAAUCUUACAGUUCAGUCGAUGGUGUCAGAGAUUUCACUCACUGUGAGUUCGACCUCGCUGGGAGUGGAUUUUGAUUUCAAUGAGUAUUCUAUAUAAGGUUAUCAAUUAGAGUUAAGAUAGCUCAUUCAGUUGGGUUUGAUCUGGAACUAUCUUGAAAAACAAUUUGAAAUAUUUCACUAAACAUUAUCCCAAUGUAUCCGAUAAAUAUUUAAACUCAUUUGAAGGUAACGGUAACUUUGUUUUAAAUGUCGCCUAGCAAAAACCGGCUCUUUCACUGGAAAAAGGGUAUAGUUGCAUUGUUGACUGAAUGAAGUGGACUUAAUGAUCCUGAUGUGAUUCUAAUUUCAUUUCAAUGUUUGCUAAGACCACAAGAAACAGGAACAGGAGUAGGCUUCUUGCCAUUCAAUGACAUCAUGGCUGAACCCACAUUCCUCACAUCCACUUUCCUGCCCUUUCCCCCUAACCUUUGAUUCUCUUGCUGAUCAAGAAUGAGCCUUAACUAUGUGGUACUUCUUGUAAAUGUUCAAGUAAUGUCACCAGCAGCAAACACCAGUGUGCAAAUAUGUUGCUCCAUAAUGAGAAGGUUCCCAAAAGACUCUCUCAUUCUCAUCAGCCAAGAAUUGAUUUGAAUUUUCUUAAACAUGCAGUAACCUUGUCAAUUCAGUAACAAUAGUUGUUCCCAAAUCUUACUGAUCACUUCACAAAUCAGGCAGUGAUCCAGCUUCAAAUGCAAUAUACUGUCUAACAGAUAUUAUGCCAACGGCUUCGCUGUACCCCUGUAUAGUAAGAACAUACUUCCACAGAUAGGGAGACCAAAACCACACAGAAUAUUCCAGGCGCCCUCACCAAAGCCCUGCAUAAUUGCAGCAAGAUAUCCUUGUUCCUGUGCUCGAAUCCUCUCAUUAUACAGUUUGCCUUUUUUACUCUCUGCGACACCUGCGCACUUAUUUUCAGUGGCUGUUGCACAAGGGCACACCGGUCUCAUUGAACAUUCCCCUAUGUCAAUGUUCUGCUAUUCAAAUAGUCAUUUGCCUUCCUAUUUUUGCUGCCAAAGUGGAUAACAUCAUAUCUAUCCAUAUUAUACUGCAUCUGCUAUGCAU